AUGGAGCUUAAUCCCGUUCUCCGCCAGAUUCUCCCUCCCUCCCUGCUGCCUAUCAAUCAGCACCACCGCGUCGCUAACCUUGAGACCAACGGAGCGAAGAGGCGCGGCGGUCUCGAGAACAGAGGCGCCACUGGUCACGAGAUCUUCGAUGAUGAGGCAAGUCUGAUCCUUCUCGAAGACUCCUUCGAUGGCUUUGGAGGUUCCGUAGUCUUUGAUCUCCUUACGGCGCAUGAGCAUGGGGAUGUUGUUGGAGACGGAGACGACGGUGGCGAUGGGGAGAGCGGUGUAAGGGACGCCGCAGACGACGUCGAAGGUUGCGGAAGGAGGAAGGGAAGAGAUGAGAGUCUGGGAGAUCUGAGUGAGGAGGGAAGGGUAAGAGACGAUGAGACGGAGGUCGAUGUAAACCGGAGAGUAGAUUCCGGAUUUGAGCUUGAAGUUGCCGAAUUUCACGGCGCCGAUGUCGUGGAGCUGGAGAAUCAGUGA